UCUGCCCUUGGUUGCCUCUGUUCUCUGAUUUUCUCCAAGUUGCAAGAUGGACAAACUUUAUUUAGCGCACAGCUACUUCAAAAGGCAUAAAUAUGAAGAAUGUGCCAAUCUUUGCACUCAGUUGCUGGAGCACAAUCCGCUGGACCAGGCUGCUUGGGUGAUGAAAAUGCGCGCUUUGACAGAGCAAGUGUACGUGGAUGACCUGGAGAACCUCGAAGAAGGAUUAGCCGAAGCGACCUUGGACGAUGAGACCAUCGCUCAAGUGCCUCGACCGGGAACUUCCCUUCGAACUACUGCGCCUUCAACCCGAAGCGGCCCAACGCAGGGGAUGCGUCCACCCUCAAUUGAUGGUCGCACACUCACUGGUGUCGUCCGGCCCUACUCGAGGGCACCAAGAACAGGAUCAAUAGAGCAAGCACUAAAAACUCCGCGCACUGCUAAAUCAGCUCGGCCACUGACAACUGCGUCCGGAAUGAGGUCGAGAAUCGGGACAUCUUCAAUUAUAACCGAAAAUGGAGGGCCGUUCAUUCAGUUGUCAAAAUUAAAUUUUGCCAAGUAUGCUGCGAAGCCUAGUCUUGGAAAACCUCUUUUUGAAUAUAUUUAUUACUGCGAAAACGAUAUUCAACGAGCGCUCGAAUUUGCAGUUCAAGGCACUCAAAAGUCGAAUUUCAAAGACUGGUGGUGGAAAUUGCAACUGGGUCGCUGCUACUUGCGAAUUGGUCUUGUCAGAGACGCUGAACAACAACUUCGGUCAUCGCUGAGAGACACCCCAAGCAUAAUUGGACUUUUAAUGUUGGCAAGGGUUUAUACCAGAAUGGACCAGCCCUUGGCCGCAAUUCAGGUAUGCCAGUCUGGCAUGGAGUAUUUCCCAAAAGAAACCGCAAUGAGAGUUGAAAUCGCAAGGCUUUACGAAGGUCUGGGCGAUUUGUGCAAAUCUGUGAAUUUGUAUCGUGGAGUGCUGAAAGAAGACGCGACCAACAUAGAAGCGAUAGCGUGCAUUGGCAUGCACCAUUUCUAUUCUGACCAACCUGAAGUUGCACUCCAGUUUUAUAGACGGUUGCUCCAAACAGGCAUUUACACGGCAGAGCUUUUCAACAACUUGGGGUUGUGCUGCUUCUACUCGCAACAAUACGACAUGACAAUAACCUGCUUUGAAAGGGCGCUCAAUUUGGUUGACAAUAAAGAGGCUGAGGCAGACAUUUGGUACAACAUAGCUCACGUGGCAAUAGGCGUCGGAGACAUAAAUUUAGCAACUCAAAGUCUACGCCUUGCUUUGAUGGCAGACCCAACGCAUGCCCCUGCCUACAAUAAUCUGGGUGUGAUGGAAGCACGGCAGGGCCGCACGAACGUGGCCCAGUCUCUUUUCCAAGCCUCGGCGGGGCUGGCGCACGUCCUCUUUGAACCUCAUUACAACUACGCAAAACUAGCAUUCGAGGCUGGUCAACUCCACUCUGGCUAUGUGAUGGUUAAAAAAGCACUGAUUGCUUACCCUGACCACGUCCCUUCCAAAAAUUUACUUGACGCGUUAAAAUAUCAUUUUCAACACUAAGUACAAUUGUGUGAACUUUUUGUUUUUGCAUUGCGCUGUGAUUGUGUGAUUUUUAUAUAAUAAAUAAAUAUUUAAUGUGCUGUGAA